UAACCGGCAUCGUCGAAAGAUUAUACCGCAAAAAUUACAUCCGAUAUGAACGCAUAUGAGCGCCAACGUUUAUUUUGAAAAGUCAAUGCUCGAAUGAAAAGAGUAUUCAAUAUCUCAUUCUCAGCAUUGAAACUCGUUAAAAAUAUCUUGGCUAUCGGAUUCUGAUAACUCAUAUGGAAACUCUACACUCGGAACGGUGAUAAAUUUUAAUGAAAACACAGGAAGCGGCUCACGAGCACGUUCAGAAAUCGGCGCUGAUCCUGUCACAGUCGGUACUUGAUCGUGUAAGCUAACGAAGUAGCACUUAUAAUUCGGGAAUCUUUUGAAACUUGUGAAAAGUUCGAAAACAGUGGGAUAUUCUUAAAUGGGGAAAAUUGAUAUUUUUAAAAAAAAAAAAAACUUCACAUCAUUUUUUUCAAUCUCUACGUUGGGCCACAAAAAGCGAACUGAAUUGAAUUGUGAAUAACUUAAUGGAAUAUGUUUUUUAUCCUAUUCUAUAAAAAUCUCUGAAGCAACUAUUGGAAAUAAAAAAUGGAGUUUAACGAAAAUGCAGCUUUUAAGGGAUGGCGCAGUUACGUUCUUGUUGAACCGCCAGUGAUGUUGUAUUUCUUUGGACAGGCAAUCAUAGGUGCGGUUACUUCAGAUCUUAUGAUUUUUCGGACUUGCCAAGCUAUCUUGGGCACUGACAAAGGAGACUGCGAUAUCCUGCACUCGAACAGUUCAAGCUCAGAAGCAAUGAAUUUGCAGACAACAAUUCAACCCUACGUCAGUUACAUUGUGAUGAACAAAUCUUUUAUCGAUGGCUUGGUACCAGCGAUUCUUUCAUUCUGCUUGGGAUCCUGGAGCGACAAAUAUGGAAGAAAACCAAUUUUACUGGCGAGUUAUUCAGGUUCGGCGAUCAGCUUUUUUCUCUGGGCAGUUCUGAGUUCGAUGGAGCUGAAUCCCUGGUGGUACCUCCUUGCCUCCGUUCCACCGGCUCUCGUUGGUGGAUACAGCAGCCUUAUUCUCGCAACUUAUUGCUACAUAACGGAUAUAACGUCGGAACGUGAGCGCGCAUGGCACAUGACUUGGCAACAGUCUGUCAUACCGGCCGGUCAAUUUUUGGGAAGUUUUGCUGGGCCUGCGAUUUACAAAAAAUUUGGAUACGUCGGUGUUUUUGCGACAGCUUCUGCAGGUGGAGCGAUUUCAGCGCUUUACGUAUUAAUUUUUGUUCCUGAAACGGUCGCUGUAGUCAGCGAAAAAAAAAGCCUUUGCAGCCUCUUUGAUUUAACGUUGAUCAAGGAUAUGAUAAAAACUUGUGUUAAAAAACGCAGGAAUACCGAUCGUCUCAUCAUGUGGUGUUGCAUCUUGAGUCUCGCAAUCCUAAUGCUCGUUGGUGAGGGGGAACUGAGCAUUGCAUAUUUGUUCGCGAGCGCGAAACUCGGUUGGGGAAUCGACAAGUAUUAUUUUUAUCAAGCAAUCGUUGUUCUUCUGACGGUGAUUGGUGCAUUGGUUGGAGCCAAAGUCUUCAAAUCCUUCGUUGAUAAAAGUAUGGCGGACAUGCUCAUCGCUACAAUUGCAGUAACUUCCUCGUUCGCCGGUGCAAUCACCAAAUCAUUUACAACAAAAUCUUGGCACUUCUAUCUAUCUACGGGUCUCGCAAUGUUUAAUGGACUCUGUGGACCAGUGUUACGGGCUGCACUAUCAAAAUCUGUCCCAUCUACAGAUACAGGCAAAGUAUUCUCUUUCGAAACAUCGAUGGAAGCGAUGAUCGCGCUGGCAUCGGGCCCUCUGUACGCGAUGAUAUACGGACAUUUCAUGCCACCGAUUUAUCCGUCUCCAGUUUUUCUGCUCUCCGGUGGAUUUUACGCUUUCAUUAUAAUACUCGUGGUAAUAAUAGAAUGGAGAAUCAAAAAGAAUGCUCACAAGAAAGCCAGAGAAGCGAUAGAUCCUGGAAUCGUCGAAAAUUUGGACUGAAAGUAAUUCAAAUUUUCGAUCCAGUACAGAUUUUCAGGAUUUAAGAAAAACAGCCUGCACGUCAAGAAAAUUAUUUUUACGCUCUAUUUUUGUACAAUUGCGAAGUUCUCGAGUCGAGGACAGGAAUGUUCAGCGUAAUCUCGAUAACGAUCUGAAACGUUUAGAUUAAAAAAUCCUGAUGGGUUUUGAAGAAAAAAUUCAGAAUUCGAAUUCAUUGCAACAGCGGAUGUCUGAUCAGCG